CUAGGAUCUUUUUUUUUUCAAUGCUAGAAAGAGACCUGCUUCAGUGAAGAGAGAGGGGAGUGAAAGGAAGGAAGAAAGGAAGGAAGGAAAGAAAGGAAGAUUAAGCCGCACCACUCCGGAAGACUGUCAGUUGUGCUGCUCAUCAGCUGGUGGCAAAAGCUUUUCUCAUGAUUGUUAUCAUCUCCAUAGCCAUGAAGGUAAGGUGGAGGACUGUUUUAUUACACCAGUGUGUUUUGCUGCUCGCCUAUCUUGUAAUUACAAUUGACGCGGUACCUAUAGACAUAGACAAGACAAAGGUAAAAGAGGAAGAACAUGUGGACAGUGCAAAAGUAGACAAUCCGGAUACUGGGCUUUAUUAUGAUGCUUACCUCAGGCAAGUGAUAGAUGUUCUGGAAACAGACAAACAUUUUAGAGAGAAACUCCAGACAGCAGACAUAGAGGAAAUAAAGAGCGGAAAGUUAAGCAAAGAACUGGACUUGGUUAGUCAUCAUGUAAGAACAAAACUGGAUGAACUGAAAAGACAAGAGGUUGCAAGAUUAAGAAUGUUAAUUAAAGCCAAGAUUGAUUCAUUUCAAGAUUCUGGCAUAGACCAUCAAGCUCUUCUCCAACAGUUUGAGCAUCUGAACCACAACAACCCGCAUACUUUUGAAGCUAAAGAUUUAGACAUGCUAAUCAAAGCCGCCACAAGUGACUUAGAAAACUACGACAAAGCCCGUCAUGAGGAGUUUAAACAGUAUGAGAUGAUGAAAGAACAUGAAAGAAGAGAAUAUUUAAAAACACUGGAUGAAGAAAAGCGACGUCAGGAGGAAGCAAAGUAUGAGGAACAGAAGAAAAAACAUGCUGAUCAUCCCAAAGUGAACCAUCCUGGAAGCAAAGACCAAUUGAAAGAGGUGUGGGAGGAAGCAGAUGGGCUAGACCCCAAUGACUUUGAUCCAAAGACCUUUUUCAAGCUGCAUGAUGUCAAUACUGAUGGUUUUCUGGAUGAGCAGGAGUUAGAAGCUCUGUUUACUAAAGAGUUAGAGAAAGUGUAUGAUCCCAAAAAUGAAGAGGAUGACAUGAUAGAAAUGGAAGAAGAGAGGUUACGAAUGAGAGAACAUGUCAUGAAUGAGGUUGACAUCAACAAAGACCGGUUAGUGACUUUGGAAGAGUUCCUCAGAUCUACAGAGAAAAAAGAGUUUUUGGAGCCAGACAGCUGGGAGACCCUGGAUCAGCAGCAAAUGUUCACGGAGGAAGAUCUGAAGGAAUAUGAAAGUCACAUUUCCCAGCAAGAAAAUGAACUGCAUCUACAAGCAUUAGAACUUCAGAAAAAGAAAGAAGAGUUACAAAGACAACAAGACCAGUUGCAGGCUCAGAGACAAGAACUCGAACAGGCUGUUCAACAAAUGGAAAAGAAGAAGUUACAACAAGGACAUCCUCCCUCAGGACCAAAUGGAGAGCUGAAAUUUAAUCCCCCUGGAGAGCAACCCAUUGCAAAUGUGGAAAGUCACCCAGCAGGAGGUGUUCAGCCUUUAUCUCCUGGAAGCAUCCCUGUACAAGACGCUGCUAGGCCGGAACAUGUCCAGACUCACGCAUAACCACUUGUGCCUCAACUUUAUACCAUAUUUUGGGGAGGGAAGUGAGUUAGUCUGGGGAAGGGGCCAGAGACUAAAGACAAAUUGGGAACAGAUGUUUGUUUUCAUCUCCAUUUCAAAUUGAUAAUGCUUAAUAUCUUAAUUCAUCAUGAAGACUUUCAAAGGCACAAAUGACAUUUUCUGAAGUUUUGGAUCUUCGUGAUGAGAAAUAUCUAUAAAACGUUUAACUUAAGUAGACAGCAGGGUGUAUCCCACCUUUCUUUCCAUGAAGGCUGUUGUUUUACUUGAAUAUGAUUUUGCCUGCCAGUUCACUUGUGCUUUGGAAAGUCUAUCUCCCUUGGUUCAUGUUUAAAUUAAAUAUAUUUUGAUCAUCAUCCAGAAGAUACAUUGAUGAGGAACAAACUCAGAGAAGGGAAUUCCUUGCUUCUUUCUCUCUAUUGGUAACGUUGAUCAUGAUGAGAAUUUCAGUUGGCAGUGAGUAUAAAGUGAAAGUUUGCUCCAUCAAGACUUAUUGCCAAGUAUAACCAAGAGCUGCAAGAACUUAGCAUAUGACAGUAUUUUCCUAAAAGUGCCAGCAAUUGAAAGUCAAAAUGUUAGCCUGUGGAUGGAGUUGCUGAGCUCUCUUUGGCUUCUUGAGACUAAUGAAAAGAAGUCACCUGUGAUCUGAUUUCAAGAAACUCCGCACAUUAAAAAAACCUCAGAUAUAAUUGCAGUAGGGAGUAAUGAAAAGCAGUGAAUGUCUUCUGUUUACAAAUGCCAACAUAAGAAUCCUUCAACUGAAAUAUGAUGCCUGAAGUGUAUUGAUUAAGCCAUCUUUAUUGUUGUUGACUGAAUGUAGUGAGUCAGCUGGUUCCAUCCCUGCCAGUUCGCUAUGAAGAAGAUUCUUUUGUCCUCUUUUCUUUCAUAACAUGUCAGUUUCAUUUGUCCCUCUGUAUGCUAUGAAACUGAGCUCUUUAGAUGAUGAAAAAAUAUUUUCAGAAUUAGUAAAGACCUUUCAUUGUCCUUUCCUGAGCAAAACAGCUUACCCCCUGCUGCAAGAGAUUUCUUUCAAAAGCAGCGUGUUUGAAGCAGCACUUCAUAAAAGCUGCAAUCUGAGUUUAAGCUGAAAUGCUUUCUCGGUUUUCAAUACUAAUUGAGGUAAAAAGCAUGUAAUUUUGAUGUGAAUAUUUCCCAUAAAUACUAAAUUCGUAACUUUGAAAAUAAUUCAAGCCUUUCCACAAACCGUGGCUUCAAUUUUUUUUUUUGAGGGGGGGCAUGGCUGUCAUAAUUUUAGCACAAAAAGAAAUAACUACAGUAGAGUCUCACUUAUCCAACAUAAACAGGCCAGCAGAACAUUGGAUAAGCGAAAAUGUUGGAUAAUAAGGAGGAAUUAAGGAAAAACCUAUCAACAUCAAAUUACGUUAUGAUUUUACAAAUUAAGCACCAAAACAUCAAGUUUUACAACAAAUUGACAGAAAAAGCAGUUCAAUACAUGGUAACGUUAUGUAGUAAGUACUGUAUUUACAAAUUUAGCACCAAAACAUCACAAUGUAUUGAAAACAUUGACUACAAAAACAUUGGCUACUAACGAUUGACUACAAAUAAAGAUAGAAUUGCAUAAAAUGAACUUACAGUAACAACAUUGUCAGAAAUUAAAUGCGUAAAAAGUCCAGUCCUUAUUGCCUAGAGAAACAGAUGUGGAUCCAGCUGGGAGGCUGACUGUGUUGGAUAAUCCAGAAUGUUGGAUAAGCAAAUGUUGGAUAAGUGAGACUCUACUAUAGUUCUUUGUAGAUGGAGCCCAGUAUAAUUUUAAAUACAUUUCUCCGUCUGUUAGUCCUACUUGGAUUUUGAUUCAAUAAGUGACAAAUUCCACAAAUCCUUAGUGACAAUGAUAUUACAAUUGAUUGCAAAACAUUUAGAGUCAAACCACAUGCUUUUGUGGGACAAAAUGGGGGUUAGACCACUGAACCAAAUGGAACCUUAGAAACCAGCUCUUAUGUACGUUCCAUUAAUUAAGUGGGUCUCCUCUAGUUGAAACUAACUACUGUUAAACCUGAACCUUCAAAGCAGUCCUAAUAUUGAAGACAUUUGUAAUCAUUUGUAUUUCCAAGAAAUUUGAGAUUGCUUGUAAUUUUAAAAAAGAAUUUCAAAGAACUGUUUUCCAUAGGAAAUGGAAAUGAAAGACAGAGACUCGCUGUACAAAGGAUCAGAAGGAAAAGGAUGAUAUACAAUCCAUUUACUAAUGCAGAUUUUGACCUUCUGGUGAUGUAAUUUCUCUUUUAGUGGGCUAGUUUUUAAAUGAUAGCUACCCUCUCUUGAAUGACUUUUCAUACUCUUUUUACAUGAAACAGGUAUUUUCCUAUUUGCCCAUUUUAGGGCCUUUUGAGAUAUGACUAUUGAGGCAUGCGGGAGACACAAUUUUUUAGGAUUUCUCCUUGCCUUGAAGUGUGCAGCUGCUGCCUUGGGCAGAUCUCCCCCUUAAUCACGUCAUCAUGAAUGUCAAUUUGAGCGAUUGCCAAAACAUACUGAAAGAUGAAUUUUCUGUUGAAGCUGUAGUGUCUGUUGAGUAAUAAAUACUCAAUAUUUGGCUUUUCAUAGCCUGGAAGGCAGUGUGAGGAAGCUUUUCAUAGAAGGAGCUCUGAGACUUACAAGCAGAGCUUGUGCCCUUGACCCUCACCAUCCUAAUUUUAUAUUGCCCCUCUUCCACUUACUUUUGCCUUUGAUGUCUCCUCUAUGUCUUGCUUUGAAAGUCUUUCAGUUCCCUGCUCUUUUGUGAUCCUAAAAGAAAUAUUGUGAUGUAACUGGGAUUCAAUGACAGAAUUCUUUCUGUAAUUUUGCUGCCACCUCAUAAUAACCUCUUAAGAGGAUAGUUGUAGCUGCAAGCAUAUUUUCAAUCAGAAUGGUUCAGAAGAUGUGACCAACAGAUAUCAUGAGAGUACAGGAUUGAUACUCAGUGGUUUAAUUCUGAUAGCACAGGCAGGGGCAAACUUUAGCCUUCGAGGUGUUUUGGACUUCAACUCCCAGAAAUUUCAACCAGCUUACCGGCUUUUUGGAACUGGGGGAGUUGAAAUCCAAAACAGCAGGAGGGCCGAAGUUUGCCCAUGCCUAACAUAUAUAGUAAACCAACCUCCAAACCCAGCAGAGGCUUUUGUGUUUUCUGUUCUUUACUUGAAACAGUAUGCUCCACAGGCACAUAUUUCUCCAGCAGCCUAGGCCAAGGUUGUGAUGCUUGCUUGAGGCUCUUCUAAUUGAAAUUUUAAAAAAUUUGUCCCUUCUGUAUUUUUUAAGCCUCUCAAGUAUUUUCAGUUCCAAACAACAUGCUGUCCUUUAAUUUUAUGUAGCAUUCAUCCUUGUUUUACCCUAUGAAUAAAAUCAGAUGACUCCCAAAACGUGAUAAUUGUGUGCCUACCAAUCCCUAAAGUUGUCUUUUUCAGUUACAUAUUUUGCUUCCAAACAUGUUUAGGUACCUGAUAUUUUACUUAGCACCACUAUGAGCCGAGCCAUAUUUUGAAAGAGAGAUAGAACAGAGUCGAUAGAGGUCGUGUGGUGUAGCCGUCUGAAUCUGCUACACCUGCUCAGCCAUGGAGACCCACAGGAUAAGUCACACACUCUCAGCAUCAGAGGAAGGGAAUGGGAAAACCUCCUUUAAACAAAUCUUGUCAAGAAACCCCAACAGGUAGCACUAGGAGUAAUACCAAUGAGAUUCUAAAUCAGAUCAGAAACAAAUGCUGAACUGUUCAUUCUUUGUGGAAAACUACAUCUAUGACAAAUGUGUAGAGGACAGUCCAUCAGUGGGUAACAGCUAAUGGAAUCUUUGUAUUUUGGGUACUUCUGAAUAAGAGCUGAGCAUAGGGAAAAAAGGAUAGAAGGAUUGUGUUUGUGACAACAAAGGCUUUCAAUAAAUAUCAGGUUGUCAUAUCAUAGCUCAAUGAGAACACAUAUGCAGAAACUCCCAGGUGCAAUGCCUACCAUCUCCACCUAGAAAUAUUCCAGAAAUUAGGAUUGGCUAGAUUAUCAAAAUAAUCAGUUUGGUAAAAUAGCCAGCUCUUCAUAUCCCAUGGCCUGUAUGGGCAAUUAAGUGAAAGUGAACUAUAUUAAUGAGGCUAAAUACAAUUAAGGGUGGUAUCCCAACUACAUUCUUAUUUUAUUUUGACUUAAAAUAUGUAAACUUGUGUUUCCUCUUCCAUACCGAGCCCCUUCCUUUGAUAUGUCUGAAUCAGGACGGAGAUAUCUUUGGAUGGAGGAUGUGACUAAGUUGUACAUAUUCAUAUGUUCUUCAGUGCAAUAUCGGUAGGAAGGAUAUUGUUUCACCCACACUUUGUAUAGAUUUUAACUGGAUUAAAUUGAAUUCUGUCUGCA